AUGCUGGGUUCUACCGUGGCUGCUUAUCAAAACCAUCAUUGUCCUGCCCGGUCCAGCACCACCCAAGCUCAACAAAUCGGAAACUUGAAAUCCCUUAAAGUUUUGUCACUAGGAGGCAACCAAUUGAAUGGUUCCAUUCCUGCUUCACUUGGUAAUCUAACCAGUUUAGGAACUUUAGGCCUCAGUGGGAACAAUCUUUCUGGUCCUAUUCCCCAAGAAUUGGGAAACCUGACAUUGGUUAUACUAGAAAUGAGCGAAAAUCAGCUCUUUGGCCACAUUCCAGAAAACAUUUGCCAAGGUGGAAAACUGUGGCAUUUCGCAGUUCUCAACAACCAACUCAAUGGUUCAAUCCCCAAAAGCUUUAGAAACUGCUCAAGCUUAUUCAGAGUCCGCCUCAAUGGAAAUCAACUCACAGGAAAUAUGUCUGAAGAUUUUGGUGUCUAUCCAGAUUUGGACUUCAUUGAUCUAAGUAACAAUGACUUUUAUGGCGAACUCACUAAUAACUGGGGUAGGUGUAAACAAUUGAAAACCUUGAAGAUCACAGGAAACAACAUCACAGGUAGCAUACCACCGGAGUUGGCAAAUUCAACUCAAUUACAUGUGCUUCGUCUUUCUUCAAAUCAUUUAGCUGGAGGAAUUCCGAAGGAAUUUGGAAAGUUGACUUCUCUGUUGGAGUUGUAUUUGAAUGACAACCAGCUUUCUGGUGGCAUACCUCCAGAACUAGGAUCUCUAAAUAAUCUGUUGUCAUUGGACCUAUCCAAAAAUAGAUUGAGGGGGCCGGUGCCAGGAUCUCUAGUGGGUUCCUUGCAACUGCAUUACUUGAACUUGAGCGACAAGAAGUUUUCCCAGGAAAUUCAAGAUCAGAUGGGUAAGUUAGUUCAUUUAUCUGUGCUCGAUUUGAGUUAUAAUUCGUUUACAGGGAGUUUGGAAGUAUUGAAUCUCUCCCACAAUAAACUCUCUGGGAUUAUUCCAACGGAUUUUGAAGACAUGCAUGGCCUGUUGCAUAUAGACAUAUCCUACAAUGAGUUGCAAGGUCCCAUCCCCAGCAGUAUAGCCUUUUUGAAUGCUUCCAUAGAUGCAGUGCAAGGAAAUAAAGGUUUGUGUGGAAACAUUACAGGAUUGCAACCCUGCAAAAACCCUCCCUGGGUCCACAAAGAUAUUCAAAAGAGAGGCCACAAACUCGUUCUUAUAAUCGUACUCCCUCUUCUUGGAGCACUUAUAUCUUUAUGUGCAUUCGUUGGACUUCUCAUUACUGUUGAAAAAAGAAAGAGAAGUUCACAAGUCGAAGAGUGA